GAAGUUUUUUUGCGUGUCCUACCUUUGAUGCACAUGCGCGUCUGCGUCGCGGAUGCCGCCAUUUGAUGUUUUCUUUUUGGUUUCUGCCGCCUGAGACUCCAAACGACUGCAGAGACCACCCAUUCUUCUUUUUCUUUUCUCUGGUUCGCCGCGGUGUCGUCUUGCUGCACCGUUGGGAGUUCUGCUCUCUGCCGCCUUCCCUUCCGCUACCAACACCUCUUCUUCUUCCGCACGCAGUCUUCGCACGACGGUGCGUUGAUGCGCGUAGCGCACAGCCAGGUUUUUCUUUUAAAAACGUUUUCUGCCUGAUUGCUGGUGAGCAGCGCGACGUGCACCUUUUCUUUUGCUGCUGCUCUCCACUCUUUCCCCCUUCCUCUUUUUGCCAUUUCCAAGCAACUGACCCGCCGGCCGGCCCUUGUGGGGAGGGAGGGCGACGUCAGCCCUGGCAAGAAGUGGAAGCUUCUUUUCCCUUUUCUACGAGACCGCACCUCGCAACGCGCAACAGGGAGAACUGCGUCUUUUAAUGUUCCUUCAUCAGUGAAGGCGGCACCCGACGAUUCGCAGUGGUGAGUACGUAAGAGGCGGACGCGCAUUAGCAUUAGAUAGUGAAACAGGAGUGUACGCGAAAGACAGCGAAUACAACGUGAUAUCCCCACAAACGGAGGCGGUGACACGUGGCGUUGUAAGACGAAAAGAGCGUAAGGGGCGAGAGGACAUGUGCAGCGCUUUCGGAUGACGAGUCAGCGAGGCAAGAAGGAGCGUUCUUUUAUGUUGUGCUUCCGAAGUCUGUCGGAGAACGCAUUAUCGUCUUUUCAUGCUUGCAAUACGCGACAGAAAAAACGCGGCUGACUGGCCGUACACAUCGAUGAAGAGGCUCCUGUGCCACUCGCCUGCUCGCUGCCCCGCCGGUGUUUCCAAUUUCGUAUUGGGCGCAUUCUCUCGACAGUUUAUUAUGGCUACCACCUCUACUCCCCCAAUUCAACCCUUUCUUUUGCUGAUGCACACACACCCACACACACUGUAAAUCCGCAGGUGCCGACUACUCUACCAGACAUGAGCGACUCUGACAGCGAGGCGUCGCUGAGAUCCGCGAGCUCUCGCGCGUCCUCCGUCGACUCCGUCGACUCCGCGUCCCCCGCCCUCUCCCUUCGCUACGGCGCCGAUGUCGUGCGUGACGCGCCGGUGGAGGUGAUAACGAUGCGGCUGCAACGCGAACAGAAACUGCGCCGAGUGCUCUCGCAGCGCCACCUGGGCCAGCCAGAGGCCAUCGCGGAUAACGCCUUCUUUUGCACCCGUAGCGCUCUUGCCGAGGAGGACGUGGUGUGGCUCUACUCCUUGACGAACCACAACUGCUUUGAGCAGCUGCUGAGGGAGGUGACAGCGACGACGUCAUCGCUCGCCGGCCACCUCGACGCAGUUCUUUCCAACGCCAACCCACUCUUCUACUUCAACUACGGAAUGCCGAUUGAGGCAGCGCGCGGUGCAACAGAGGCAGACAAGGCGGGGGAAGAUGGGGGAAACGACGAGGGCACGCCCUUCUUACGAGAGUCGCCAUUCAUGCAGCGGUGGAGCAGAGAGCGGUGUGCCAUCCAGCGCAAGCGGCCAGUCCCUGAAGAGCUAGAAAAGUCGGCCUCCGCACCUCCCGGCACAGACGCGCGUUCCGACAGAGCCGGUGGAGCGCGGAAAACUGCGAAGAAGUCCUCCAGCGCGUCAACCUCGUCUGGGCUUGUAGCGCAGUCGAUGAUGGCCUGGGAGGCCCACCUGACCGCCUCGCUCACGCAGGAGGGCGAAACGAUUGAGAACUUCCGCCAAGCGCGGUCCAAGUCCAGCUACACGGAGAAGAAGUCCUUCCAGCGGCAGGCGGAGUGGAAUGAGUUUGAGCGCGAGGUGGCUCUGCAGCAACAACAGCGUGACCGCGCUGCCACGCGUGCCCUUCGCCGUGGUGAAGUGGACGAGUGA